CGAUGACGUGGUGGUUAAUUUUGUUUGUGAAAAGAAAAAAGAUCCGCCUCUUCCUACUUCUCGUCGUGUCCUCUUGUCUGCACUUUUUUUUCUUUCUAAACUUGUGAUUUAUACAAGAAUUAAACAAGAAGAGUAUAAAGACAUCUAUUUACACACACACAAAAGAUGGCAGAGCAACUUCCUAUUAAAUUCCAAGAGCAUGCGCAAUUGCAAAAUCUUGGCGUCAAUGCAGCCAGCAUUGGGUUCAACACUUUAACCAUGGAAUCGGACAGAUUUAUUUGUGUUCGUGAACAAGUUAAUAACCAAAACCAAGUAGUCAUUAUCGACUUGCUUCCCAAUGAAGAUAUCAUUCGUCGCCCUAUUACCGCAGACUCUGUUAUCAUGCAUCCCAAAGAGAAAAUCAUGGCUCUCAAAGCCCAAAGACAACUUCAAGUUUUCAACCUCGAUACCAAACAAAAGCUUAAAGCACACAUGAUGAAUGAAGAUGUAUUAUUCUGGAAAUGGUUGGACCUUAGCACAAUUGGUCUUGUCACUGACCAAUACGUGUAUCGUUGGUCUAUUUAUGAUGAUGCCCCACCCGCCAAGAUUUUCGAGAGACAUGUCAGUUUAGUGGGUUGUCAAAUUAUCAACCUCCGUGCUUCUUCUGACGAAAAGUGGUAUGUACUUGUCGGUAUUUCAGCAAAGGAUAAUCGUGUAGCUGGUUCGAUGCAACUCUAUUCCAAGGAGCGUGGUGUCAGUCAACCUAUCGAAGGUCAUGCUGCUGCAUUUGCUGAAAUCAGCUUAGAGAAUUCAGUAGCUCCUACAAAACUCUUUACUUUUGCUGUUCGUUCUGCAAACGGAAGUGCAAAGCUUCAAAUUAUCGAAGUCGAUCAUAACGCCGGUAACCCUCCCUAUCAAAAGAAGGCUGUUGAGGUAUUCUUCCCUCCCGAGUCUGCUACUGAUUUCCCCGUCGCUAUGCAAAUUAGUCACAAAUACGGUGUCAUCUUUUUGGUCACCAAGAUGGGUUUCAUUCAUCUUUAUGAUCUUGAGACUGGUUCUUGUAUCUACAUGAACAGAAUUAGUAACGAAACCAUUUUCGUUACUGCUGAAUAUGCACCUACUUCUGGUAUUAUUGGUGUUAAUAAGAAGGGUCAAGUACUUUCAGUUUCUCUUGACGAAAACAACAUUAUUCCUUACAUCAUCAACAACUUGCAAAACACAGAAUUGGCCCUCAAAUUAGCCUCUCGUGGUGGACUUUCUGGUGCUGAUGACUUGUACGUUGCUCGUUUCAAUCAAUUGUUCAGUACGGGUGCUUUUGGUGAAGCUGCCAAGGUUGCUGCCAAUUCUCCCAGAGGUAUUCUUCGUACAGCCGAAACCAUUGAAAAGUUCAGACAAAUCCCUGUCGUUCCCAACCAACUCCCACCUAUUUUACAAUACUUUGGUACACUUUUAGAAAAGGGUGUGCUCAACAAGUUUGAAUCUAUUGAACUCGCCAAACCUAUUCUUCAACAAAACCGUAAACCUCUUUUGGAGAAAUGGUUAAAGGAAGACAAGUUGACCUGUAGUGAGGAACUUGGUGAUUUCGUCAAGAACUAUGAUACGCUUUUAGCUUUAUCCGUUUAUUUGCGUGCCGAGGUUCCUAACAAGGUCGUAUUAUGUAUGGCUGAAAACCGUCAAUUCGACAAGAUCUUGGCUUAUGCAAAGACAGUAGGAUAUUCUCCUGAUUAUGCUUCUUUGCUUUAUAACAUUGCCCGUACCGAACCCGAUAAGGCUGCCGAAUUCGCUACAUCCCUUGCUAACGAUGAAAGUGGUCCCUUAAUCGAACCCGAGAAGGUAGUGGAUGUGUUCCAAUCUCAAAACAUGAUCCCCCAAGCUACUUCUUUCCUUUUGGAUUACUUGAAGGGUAACAGAGAAGAAGAUGCCGCUCUUCAAACCCGUGUGCUUGAAAUGAACUUAGUACAUGCUCCCCAAGUUGCUGAUGCUAUUAUGGGUACUGGUAUGCUCACUCACUAUGACCGUGUUGUUAUUGGUAACUUGUGCGAAAAGGCCGGUUUAUACCAACGUGCUCUUGAACAUUAUACCGAUAUUCACGAUAUUAAACGUAUCAUCCCUUAUACUCAUCAAAUGACCGCUGAAUGGCUCGUCAACUACUUUGGUAACCUCUCUGUUGAACAAACAUUGGAAUGCUUAAAGGAGAUGCUCAGUAACAACCUUCGUCAAAACUUGCAAAUCGUUGUCCAGAUCGCUAUCAAAUACUCCGAACAACUUCAACCUCAUAAUUUGAUCGAGCUCUUUGAAUCUUUCAAGAGUAAUGAAGGUCUUUACUAUUACCUUGGUUCUAUUGUUAAUGUCAGUCAAGAUCCUCUUGUUCACUACAAAUAUAUUCAAGCUGCUUGUCGUACCGGUAAUGUCCGUGAGGCAGAACGUAUCUGUCGUGAAAGUACAUACUACGAUCCCGAAAAGGUCAAGAACUUUUUAAAGGAAGCCAAGUUAAGCGAUCAACUUCCUCUCAUCAUUGUUUGUGAUCGUUUCAACUUUGUACAUGAUCUUGUGCUUUACCUUUACCACAACAACUUACAAAACUUUAUCGAGACCUACGUCCAAAAGGUAAACCCUACCCGUACUCCCGAAGUUAUUGGUGGUCUCUUGGAUGUUGGUUGUGAUGAAGAUACCAUCAAGAACUUACUCUUAUCUGUUCAAGGUGAUUUACCUGUUGAUAAACUUUGUGAAGAAGUUGAGCAAAGAAACAGAUUGAAGUUACUCUUACCCUGGUUGAACAUGCGUGUUACUGCUGGUAGCACUGAUCCCGAAGUCUAUAACGCUUUAGCCAAGAUCUACAUUGAUACCAACAAUAACCCUGAACCUUUCCUCAAGGAAAAUGAGUUCUAUAACCCUCGUAUCAUUGGUAAAUACUGCGAGAAGAGAGAUCCUUAUUUGGCCUAUAUCUGUUACGAAAAGGGUCAAUGUGAUUAUGAGUUGAUUCAUAUCACCACCGAAAACAGCAUGUUCAAGCAUCAAGCGCGUUAUCUCGUCCAUCGUCGUGAUCAAGCUCUCUGGGCCACCGUGCUUACCGAGAACAAUGAACAUCGUCGUGAAUUGAUUGAUCAAAUUGUUGCUACUGCUCUCCCUGAAUGUACUGAUCCCGAUGAUGUUUCAAGCACCGUCAAGGCCUUCAUGUCUGCCAACUUGCCCAAUGAGUUGAUCGAACUCUUGGAAAAGAUUGUACUGGAAAACAGUGCCUUUAACGAUAACAAGACCCUUCAAAACUUGUUGAUCUUUACUGCUGUUAAGGCCGAUCCUUCUCGUGUUAUGGAUUACAUUAAUCGCCUUGAUAACUUUGAUGCUUCUGAUGUUGCUGAAGUUUGUAUCGGCGAGAACUUGUUUGAAGAAGCCUUCACCAUCUACAAGAAGCACAAUGUUGAUGUCAAUGCUAUUGAUGUUUUGAUUGAAAAAAUCAAUGAUCUUGAUCGUGCUUAUGAGUUUGCUGAACGUUCCGAUAAGCCCGAGGUCUGGAGCAAGCUUGCCAAAGCCCAAUUAUCUCAAAUGCGUGUCAAGGAAGCUAUUGAUUCCUACAUCCGUGCUGGAGAUAUGUCUAACUACAUGGAAGUCUGCAGCAACGCUACUAUGGAUAACAAGUUUGAAGAUCUUGUCCGUUACUUACAAAUGGCUCGUAAACAAUCCCGUGAACCCUAUAUCGAGACCGAGUUGUUAUACGCCUUUGCUAAAACAGAUCGCUUAGCUGAUUUAGAAGAUUUCUUGGCUAGUCCCAAUAUUGCCUCUAUCCAGGAAGUAGGUGAUCGUUGUUUCCGUGGUGGUAUGUACGAAGCUGCCAAGAUCUUGUACAGCAGUAUCUCCAACCAUGCUAGUUUGGCUCAAACCUUGGUCCACUUAAAGGAUUACCAAGGUGCUGUUGAUUGUGCUCGUAAGGCCAACUCUACCAAGGUCUGGAAGGAAGUCAAUGCUGAAUGUAUCAAGCAACGUGAAUUCCGUUUGGCCCAAAUCUGUGGUCUUCAUAUUGUUGUACAUGCUGAAGAUUUAGAUGAGCUUGUCAAGACUUAUGAGAAGAACGGUUACUUUGAGGAGAUUAUUAAGUUAUUGGAAGCUGGUUUAGGUUUGGAGAGAGCCCAUAUGGGUAUGUUCACCGAACUCGCCAUUCUUUAUAGUAAGUAUGCUCCUGAUCAAAUGAUGGAACAUCUCAAGCUUUAUGUGUCUCGUAUCAACAUGCCCAAGGUCAUUCGUGCUUGUGCUGAUGUUCACUUAUGGCGCGAGCUUGUCUUCCUCUAUGUCAACUAUGAUGAAUAUGAUAACGCUGUUACUGCCAUGAUGGAUCACUCUGUUGAUUCUUGGGAACACAGUGCUUUCAAGGAAAUUAUUGUCAAAGUGUCCAACAUUGAAUUAUACUACAAGGCACUCAAGUUCUAUCUUGCUGAACAACCUUUAUUAUUGAACGAUUUGCUCUCUGUUCUUGUUCCCCGUAUUAAGCACACACGUGUUGUUCAAAUCUUUGAAAAGUCAGAUAACAUUCCUUUGAUCAAGCAAUACUUGAUCUCUGUUCAAGAUACCAAUAACAAGGACGUCAAUACUGCAUUAAACGAACUUUAUAUCGAAGAGGAAGACUUUGAAGCAUUGCGUGAUUCUAUUGACCGUCAUGAUAACAUUGAUCCUGUCGAUCUUGCCAAGCGUUUAGAGAAGCAUGAUUUAUUAGAGUUCCGUCGUAUUGCCGCACAUCUUUAUAAGCGAAACAGAAGAUGGAGACAAUCUAUUGCCCUUUCAAAGGAAGACAGAUUAUUCAAGGAUGCUAUGGAAACUGCCGCUGAAUCCAAGGAUCGCGAAGUUGCUGAAGAACUCUUGCAAUACUUUAUUGAGGUUGGUAAGCGUGAAUGCUUUGCUGCUAUGCUCUACACUUGUUAUGACUUGAUGAGACCCGACGUUGUUAUGGAGUUGUCAUGGAGACAUGGCUUGAACGACUUUGCUAUGCCUUAUAUGAUCAAUACCAUGAAGGAACAAUUCACAAAGGUCUCUGUUCUUGAAAACGAAAUGAACUCACUUAAAGAAAAGGUCGCUAAGCAAGAAACCAAUAAUGAAAAUGCUCCAGCAGUACCAAUGGGUGGUAUGGGAAAUCCUCUUAUGUUGACAGCACCUGGUAGUGGUAUGAUGCCUCAAAACUCACCAAUGAUGACUGGCGCAUCUUAUUCACCAAACCAAUUUGGUGGCUUCUAAGUUUUUAUGCUACAAAAAAAAAAAAAAACCCAAAAAUUUUAUCACCAUUUCUAUAUAAUUAAAUAAUUUUCAUUUAAAAAGACUAAAAAAAAAAAAAA